CUGGCGCCCUCGCUCCACAUCGCGCGCAUCACUCGGCUGUCGCAUGCCCGGCAAGCGUCGAGCUCUGCCGCUGAGCACACUGCGCGGUCAGCAGGCCCGGCGCGGCCGGCUCUGCUGCAGCUCAGGCAGGCGUACCUGCCGCUGCCAGCCGCAGCUGCGCCCGUGUCGCUCACAAUCAGUGAUGCGCCAGAAUGCUGGGCCAUAGUCGGUGGCGAUGGGGACGGCGAGCGCGUCGUCGAGGCGCUGCGUGAUGUGAGUCCCGGCCCGUGGGCACCCCCCGGCAUGCCACACCGCGGCGAGCCAUGGUGUUGAGAUACAUCGCAGGUGAUGACGGGACGGAGGAGAGCGCGCACCGCAGACGGCAAGCCAAUACCCAGCACGCAUCCGUUCCUUGGCUCGCGCUCGCCGGCAGAGCACGUCGUGCACGUCUCCUUCGCCGCGCGCGCCGCGACCGGCGGCGAGUUCGUCGACUACGCCGUGCGCUACGGUGCCGUGCGCGACGACGAAGACGCCGUCACGCUGCACGAGGGAUGCAUGCGUGCUCUUGGUCACCACACUGGGCGUGCUGCGCGGCUGGCUUGCGUCGCCGACAUUCUGUCCACUCCCAGCAGCGCCGACCAGGCAAAGCCAGGAGCUCCGACCGAGUCCGAGCGCGCCGCUGGCCGAGCCGCUCACCAGUGCAUCAUGGACACUGCGCCGCUGCUGCGCCUUGACAGACCUCCGCCGGCGGAAGAGAGCAACGGCGACAUGGCGGCUCUGCUUCACACGCCCCUGAUCCGUCUCUCGAACGGGCAGAUGCGCCGCGCCCGGUUGCUUGAAGCGCUCGUCCGAUGCCGCCUCUCGCCCGCAGCGGACAGCACCAUUCUCGUCCUCUCGCAGCCAUACAAUGGGCUCGAUCCGCCCACGCGCUCUCUUCUCAGCUCCAUUCUGUCUGACAGGCAUUGCGCAUCAGACCCACGCAUCGUGCUCUUCCUACGCGUCCAGGACGAGCUCCCGGCGUACAUCACCCACGUCGCUCAGGUGCGCGACGAUGGCUCGGUGCAGGCCGGUCCUCGCGCGCUUGUGCAGCAGCAGCGCGACCAGGACAGCCAAGGUGGCUAUGAACUGCUCAAGCAGAAUGCUGCGCAGGCCUUGCCUGACACGAAUGAGCCACUUGUCUCGCUCAACGGCGUCGACAUCAAGUACGUGGGCAAGUCCGCGCUUGAGUCCAUCGCCUUGGACAUUCACCGCGGUGCGAGAAUGGUGCUCGCCGGCUACAACGGCAGCGGCAAGUCUACUCUGCUCUCCCUCAUCCUCGGCGACCACCCUCAGUCGUUCGCCUUGCCGGAGCAGAAGCUGAGCCUCUUCGGCAAGGCUCGCGAUGCUCCCGGGAAUGCCACGCUCCUGCUGGCCAGACGCAUCGGUCACGUGUCGCCCGAGCUCUUCAAUGCGUUCCCCCGCAAGGACACCGAGCGUGGCGGCAUGACCGUCGGCGAGGCGAUAGGCUCGGGUUACGCCGGCGUAUUCUCGCGACGACCUCUCGAUGACCAGCAGAAAGCACGCAUCUGGCGGCUGCUAGCUGCCUUUCAGGACGUGAUCGAUGCACCGGACAGCGACACAAGUCGACAGAGCUCUCGAUCUGGCGGUCCUGGCCUCGAUGAUCCUCUCGCACAAGCCAAGCGACUCGCCUCGGCCUCUUUCGCCGCAAUGUCGCUGGGCUCACAGAGCAUCGUGCUGCUCCUGCGCGCGAUCGUCCACGGCCCGAAGCUGCUCAUCCUCGACGAGCCCUUCCAGCAUCAGUCCGCCCGGCAGGUCGAGCGUGCCCGCGCCUUUCUUGACGAGCCCGAGGCCUACGCCAUCGGCGAGACGGAGCAAGAGCGGGCCCAGGAUGCCGAAGCCCGCCGCGCGAUGUCGCUCAUUCUGGUCAGCCACUACGAGGCCGAAUGGCCCAGGAGCAUGAACGCGCUGCUGCGACUCGAGGCCGGCCAAGUGUCGGAGCGCAUAGGUCAAUGCUAAUGGAAUUCAAGGAGCACUGCCGCAGGCACGCGCCUGCGUGGAACAGAAUGAGCUGCAUGCCAUUGC